AUGGUGGUGAAGUCAAGUACAGUGUCGGCACAUGCACAAGAUUUGACCGAGGUGUUUCAGGCGCUAUGGCACCACCAAAUGAGACUUAACCUUGAGAAGUGUGUGUUCGGAGUCUCGGGCGGUAAAUUUUUAGGAUUCAUGCUGUCCAGUCGAGGCAUUGAGGCAAAUCCCGACAAGUGUCAGGCCAUCCUAGACAUGAAAAGUCCAAGUACUUUGAAGGAGGUUCAAAAGUUAGCAGGCCGACUCACCUCCCUCUCUCGGUUCCUUCCUUGCCUGGCCGAGAUAGCUAGACCUAUCCUUCUUUUACUGAAGAAAGUUAAACGGUUCAUAUGGACCCCGAAGUGUGAGGCAUCGUUCCAACAGUUCAAGGAACGCCUGGGCGCACCUCCAAUCCUUUCCAAACCAGUCGUCGACCUCGACAUGAUUGUGUAUUUAGCCGUUUCUAGCACAUCAAUCAGUGCCGUCCUGAUUCAGGAAAAACAAGACGAACAACAUCUGGUAUACGGGCUCCCACAUGUGAUCAUUACCGACAAUGGAAGACAAUUCAUAGAUAGGAAGUUUGAAAGAUUCCUACAAGAGCUCGACGUCCAACAUCACGUGACCUCGGUAGAACACCCCCAAGCGAACGGCCAAGCUGAAGCGGCGAACAAAGUACUACUCCAUGAGCUUAAAAAGCGACUAGGAUCAGCAAAAGGCCUAUGGGCAGAGGAGCUCCCCAACAUCCUCUAG